GUUUAAUUCCACGCGAAAAUCGCUUGACGUUACUCGCGGUUUACGGGAGUGCUUUUACUGUUAUUAUUAUUGCCGUUAUCUCCGUUGUUAUCGCAGUGUCACGUUAUUUAUGCGCGCGCGCUCGAGUACCAACGUGUGAAGUUCGUGAAAAUUUAUGUGAUAUUUAUUUUUUUUUCUCGUUCCACCUGAGAAAUUGCGAAUUUUCGCACUCAUGCUGUGCCGGCUUGAAAGAACGUGGUGGCGCCAACGUGAAUAUGAGUUACGGCUGAGUGUAUCGCCCCUAGAGGAUACUCCAAGAAUAGUGUAUUGAGAAAAGAAAAAGUAAUAACAAGUAAACAAAGCAGUGGUCACGUCUCAAGAAGAUCAAGGGAGUUAGUGGAGUGGUCAAGAUAACCUUUGUGUUGUUCGGCAAUGGCUGAGGAAGCAGUCAACCCGACUGAUCCUGAUUACGAAAGUGAUCUUCUUAAUUACGGUGACGUCACGAGUGGCCGGGGUUACACAGUGCAAGUGGCAGUGACAAGAAUAUUCAAUGACAGUGAUUACGAGAGCACCUCGAUCCUCGAGGACGAAGGAGGUGGCAUUAACAAUUGGUGGGCCAUGCUCGCCAUUGUUCUUGUAUUCGGUACAGCAGCUGGCAACAUUUUGGUCUGCUUGGCAAUCACCUGGGAACGCAGACUUCAAAACGUGACCAACUACUUCCUGAUGAGCCUAGCCAUAACAGACCUCAUGGUAGCCAUCCUGGUGAUGCCCCUUGGAAUAUUGACCUUAGUGCGGGGUUACUUUCCACUUCCGGCUGUCUACUGUCUAGCUUGGAUUUGUCUGGAUGUCUUGUUCUGCACUGCCAGUAUAAUGCAUCUCUGUACCAUAAGUGUCGACAGGUACUUGAGUCUGCGUUAUCCCAUGAAAUUUGGACGCAACAAAACAAGACGACGUGUCAUAUUGAAAAUUGUCUUCGUCUGGUUACUCAGCAUCGCCAUGAGUCUGCCGUUGAGUCUGAUGCACUCCAAGGACGAUGACUCAGUACUGGUAGAUGGGACCUGUCAGAUACCUGAUCCACUUUACAAGCUGAUAGGGAGCAUUAUUUGCUUCUACAUUCCUCUUGGGGUGAUGCUCCUGACUUAUGCACUGACUGUUCGACUCCUGGCUGAACAACGUCAGAAUAUCGGCGGAGCUGCAGGUUGGUCUUCUGGAUGGUUAGGUGGGCCCCAGGGUACACCCGUAGGAGUCUUGGAAAGGCGCUGCACCUGGAGACGAUUACUCCUGAAUAAAGGAUCCGGCGGAAGUGGCGGUACGCCGCAGCACACUUCCGGCGCUUCCACCGACACCGAGCUAACCACCCUGGACACCCACGAACUCUGGUUACCGGAAAGCGAACCGCCGCCUUCGGCCAUGUCGGCUUUACACGCUUUUGGCGCUGAGAUGCUGAAAUUAUCCAGAGGCCUGGAAGGAAUGGCCAGUCCAGCCACUCAGACACCAAUUUCCAGCAACAGGUCGACGCCUCAUCAUCAGUUAACUAGCCAUCAUCAUCAUCAUCAUCACCACCAUCAUCAUCAUCAACAGCAACAGACUGCAAUACCUCAGCAUCGAUGUAGCAUUCGCAAUGGAAGUGGUGAAAGUGCUGAGAGCAGUGCUUCAGGUUCGAGAAGCAGCUUGACGAUGACCCAGGACGAGCCUAGUCCACCUACGCCCUGGAGGCAAAGAAGGAGAGCGUCUACCUACAACGAGGCACAUCUGGAACGAGUCGAUUCCCCGCCGAAGAUAACGCGCAAGCGUUCCUUCAGCUUCCACGAGCAGACGAUCAGCAGUAGGCCUUCGUCCCGUAAGAGCUCGACCAUCGAGGACGGAAAGGUCGGCCAGAAGAAGGUCUUCGACAAGAUCGGCGAUCUGUCCCUACCGCCGCCGUGCACGUGUCCUUAUUUCGGUGAAUCCUCCGAAAAGCCACCUCAGCCGUCCUCGGAGGUGGUGAUAGUGUCCAGCGACACCCUGAAGCCUAUAGGGAAAAACCUGGACAUGGGUCUUCUGGGCAGAUCGCGCGUAGACGCUAAGAAUUAUGAGAGCUCGAGCUCCGUGGUGACCUGGAGAAGCGGCAGAAGGGGUUCGAGUCUCGGUAGCACCAGGACUUUACUAGCUCCGCCCAGGGCGACACCCUUGAGAAGAGCAGCCACUAUGAGGGCGCACAAUGGGGCUGCUAACCUCGCGGCUAAGAACAAUUCCUCGUCGCCCUGUUUGCUGAGGUAUUCCGGACCCGUUAGGGCGCAUCACUCCAGAACGAGUAGCGUCGUCUCACGUAACAGCUCCAGACACGGUAGGAUCAUCCGUCUGGAGCAAAAGGCCACUAAGGUACUGGGUGUCGUGUUCUUCACCUUCGUCAUACUCUGGGCUCCCUUCUUCGUCCUCAACCUGGUCCCAGCAUUUUGUCCCGACUGCGAGAAGAAGAUCGAUCAUAAGAUCAUCGAUCUGGUCACUUGGCUGGGCUACGCCAGCUCGAUGGUCAAUCCCAUCUUCUACACGAUCUUCAAUAAGGUCUUCCGGCAGGCCUUCAAGAGGACCCUCCUCUGCAGGUACAGGAAUCAAACCUGGAGACCGUCCAGGACUUCGCGAACUUCGCGACCAAGACUUCAAUGAUGAACUUCUUGUAAACACAAAGAGAAUACGACGUGAUCCUUACGUCUAGGCUCGUUCCAAGGAAGACGUCGUAAAUUUCCUAAAAUCUGGAAAAUCGUUCUGAACACCGAAUAAGAUUUCCUAUAAAAAAAGUAUUUUCAACGUA